GGAUUAAAAGAUUGUGCUUGCAGGACGUCGCUGUCCACUUGGAAAACUCGCCUUCUAAGACUGACCAUCCCUUGCGUUCAAGUCUCCCAGCUCCCUCCCCUUGCUGGAAUUCCAUUUGCACGAGCUAAGCUAGCUACCUUAAAUUCCCGUGUAGCAUGUAUACGUGAGUCUCUGACACGACACGCUUUGGUUCAGAGUUAAGCUCAAGCUGUCAGGGGAACAAUAAUCUUGGCAUAAUCUUGGUCUCUAUCCACUUCGAGGCCUGGUCCAUUUGCCUCCCUUUUUAAGCUCUCGUGCAGGCCCCCUUUCUUUGCCAUCGUCCAGAAAAGAGAGACAAAGCUCUGUCUCUCAGGUGUCCUAACAAUAACAACUCCUCUCUUUGUACUCUUCAGCUCUCUCAAGCGAAAGCUCUAGCUCCUGCAGGCGAUCAUGGAGGGCCUCAUUCCGUUCAUCUACAGGGCCGUGGCGCAGUACAGGAAGGAAGGGCAGGUCUCUUUCGGGGACCUCUUCUUCGACGACCCGUCGUCCUCGCCGACGACGUCAUCCUACUUCCGUCUCCCCGGGGAUUCCGGCAGGCACCAGCUGUUCUCGCAGACGUCGUCGACCGACUCCGGCGCGGUCGGAGCGUCGCGGCGGUCGCCGGCGCAUCGCCGGCGCCCCCUGGAGCAUGGAUCGAUCGUGACGAACUGAUGAUGGGAAGUGCGGAAGGGCAAGAAAAGGAAGCAAAAGCAAAUGAAGACUUGCUUGGGGUACGUCGUCGUCGUAGUGUACUUGCAGAUGCUGAGCAACUGCAAAUUAAUGUUGGCCUAGCCGAUAUAAGUCGCAAACUUGCAGUUUAUGCGUGCAUGUGUGUUCUUUCUAUUUUUCUUUCGGCUUGUAAUGAUCCGUGGUGUCAACUGUAAAUAUGGGAUGUAUGCAUGAACGCGGGCCCUCCGAAGGAGGCUUGUGUGAAAGAAAUGUAUGGUGUGUAUGUACGAAAGUUGUACGCACACAGUUAGUCCAAAACUCAGUUGCGUAACAAAAGAAAAACUUAUUUGGCAUGAAA